AUGGCUCCUGGAUUUAUUUCUGAGACUGGAUGUGGAUCUCCCUCAACUUUAAAAAUAGAUUACUACUUCGAAGAUAUUUCAGACAAUGAUAUCUCAAAUUAUGGUGGGCAAUUACAAUCUUCAUCUGGGAGGAAUAAUAUUCCCUACCCUGAUGAGAAUAUGGAUCCAAACAAAUGUCUACAGUUUCAACAUACAAACUUGCCACAUUCUUCUUCAGAUAUGACUAUCACAAAUCCAUUAUCUGAUAGUCCUAAUGAUAAAGAAGCGGACCAUCUAGUAACGAUUAUAGACAAAAUUGAAGGAAUAUCUGAAGAUUACUCGGAUCACGGUGAUCAAAGUGUUAUUUGUGAAUGUUGUGAUGCAAAACUAUGGAAAGAUGAAGCUCUUCGAAGGAAAAAAUACAGGACGAAAACAAGUUACUCCCUUUGUUGUCUUUAUGGCAAAGUUCAACUUCCAAAAGAGAAAGAGAUGGAUUCUUCUUACUUAAAUCUGUUUCGUUGUGUGGACUCAAAAAGCAAAUACUUUAUGAAGAACAUUCGUCGUUAUAAUUCAAUGUUCUCAUUUACAUCAAUGGGUGGCAAAAUUGAUACUUCCAUUAAUAGUGGAAAUGCACCACACAUAUACAGGCUUAAUGGUCAAAACUAYCAUAGGAUGGGUAGUCUUCUACCAGCAGAUGAAAGAAAACCGAAGUUCUCUCAACUGUACAUAUAUGAUACUGAAAAUGAAGUUGCAAAUAGACACACUUCUGCAUCAAAUUCUGAUUCCCUUGAUAUUGAGAUUAUUCAAUACUUAAAGGACAUACUAGAUGCAAAAAAUGUGUUACUGAAGUCUUAUAGAAUUGCAAGAGAUUGUUUUGAAUGCUACCCGGAUGUCAAGGUAAAGUUACGAUUGAUUGGAAAAAGAGAAAAGGAUGGUAGAACAUAUAACCUUCCAACAGCUUCAGAAGUUGCAGCUUUAAUUGUUGGAGAUGAUGGUGGUACAAUUGAAAAAAGAGAUAUCAUUGUACAACAUCAGACAAGUUAUUUACAAUCAAUAAGUGAAUUACAUCCUUCUUAUCUUCCUCUUCAAUACCCGUUGUUAUUUCCAUAUGAAGAAGAUGGUUACAGAGUUGAUAUUCCUCAUAGAGAGAUAACAUUUUCAAGCAAACGUAAAAGAACAACUGUAACAAUGAGGGAGUUCUUCGCCUUCAAACUUCAAGAUAGAAGAAAUAUGUUUUUAUUACUUCUAAAUGCAAGGAGGCUUCUACAACAAUUUAUUGUUGAUGGAUACACAAUGAUUGAAACUGAGAGAUUACAUUAUAUACGUAAUCAGCAGAAACUCCUAAGGUGCGAGACAUAUGAUUCUCUAUGCAAUGUACAAGAAGAAGAAGAGUGUGAUCUUUCAAACAUUGGACAACGUGUUAUACUACCUUCUUCUUUCACCGGUGGAGCUCGGUACAUGAUGCAAAAUUAUUUGGAUGCAAUGUCCCUUUGUAAAUGGUAUGGAUAUUCUGACUUGUUUCUAACCAUGACUUGCAAUCCAAAAUGGCCAGAAGUUAGAAGAUUUAUUAAGGACACAUGCCAAAAUCCAGACGACAGGCCUGACAUGCUUUGUCGUUUAUUUAAGAUCAAGCUUGAUGCACUUAUUAAGGAAUUAAAAGAGAAUGAGUUAUUUGGAAAAAUUCAAGCAGUUGUUUAUACGAUUGAAUUUCAAAAGCAAGGCUUGCCUCACAGUCAUAUCUGUCUGUUUAUGCAUCGAGAUUUCAAGCUACCGACUGUUGAACAGAUUUAUUCUAUCAUCUCAGCUGAAAUCCCAGACAAAAACAGUGAUCCAGAGUUACGAGUGGAUGGACGUUUUAUUGAGAAAUCAGGUGUUAAACUACACAACAGAAAUGUCGUUCCAUAUAAUAUAUAUCUGUUGAAAAGAUAUCAAGCCCACAUCAAUGUUGAGUGGUGCAAUCAGGCAUCUUCAAUCAAGUAUCUGUUCAAAUACAUCAAAAAGGGUCCAGAUAGAGCUACUGUUGCAAUUGUAGAAAACAGUGAUGAUGCGGUCACUGUCAAUGCUGCUGAUGAGAUAAAACAGUAUUAUGAUUGUAGAUACCUUUCUGCAUGUGAAGCUUCAUGGCGUAUUUUUGGAUAUGAUGUUCAUUAUAGGACUCCUUCUGUUUUAAGACUUUCUUUUCAUCUUCCGGGACAACAACAAGUAGUGUUUGGUGUUGAAGAUAAUAUUGAUAAUUUUGUGUGGAAAUUGGAUGAACGAUGUUGGGAUCGAAGGAAAAAAGGGUUCUCAAUUGGACGGAUUCAUUCAGUUUCUCCUACUGUAGGAGAAGGGUAUUACUUACGAAUUUUGUUGAAUAAAGUCAAAGGUCCUAAAUCAUUUGAAGAUAUUCGUACAGUUAAUGGAAAAACAUUUCCAACUUUCAGAGAUGCAUGUUAUGCACUUGGGCUUUUAGACGAUGACAAGGAAUAUAUUGAAGCCAUUGAAGAAGCAAAUUUAACUGCAUCUGGUUUUUAUCUCCGCUUCUUAUUUGCAACCAUGCUGCUAUCAAACAGUUUAUCUAGACCUGAAUUUGUUUGGGAAAAAACAUGRCAAUACUUAGCAGAUGGGAUUCUGUACAAUCAACAAAUUGCUUUACAGUCAGCAGAUUUAUCUCUUAAUGAAGAGCAAGUGAAGAAUCUAACUUUGUUCGAAAUUGAAAAGAUUCUGCUUCGUAACAAUUCGACGUUGAAAAACUUCAGCACAUUGCCUUAUCCUGAUAAUGAUUUGCUUGAAUCCUCAAACAACUGUUUAAUUGCAGAAGAACUGGAUUAUAAUCAUUAUAAUUUAGGAGAUGAGUUUCACAUCCUUGUAACUGCUCUCUUACAGAGGAGCAAAGAGUGGUAUUGCAUCUUUGCUUCUUACCGGUGGCAGAACAGCACACUCUCGUUUUCACAUCCUGCUCAUUCUGAAUGA